UCAGAAGAAACCUGAAAAAACCUUUCGGAGAAAUCUCCGGCGAAAAAGAACCCUAGCGUCGAGCGGCGAAGAUGGGCGUAAUUGAUUUGAUCACUAGGGUUGAUUCCAUCUGUAAAAAGUACGAAAAGUAUGAUAUCAAUAGACAGAGAGACGCUAAUGUCUCCGGCGACGAUGCUUUCUCCCGCCUUUACUCCGCCGUCGAAUAUGCUCUCGAAACUGUUCUUCAGGUUCGUUUAGAUUUCUCCGAUUUCGUUUCGUUCUCUGUAUGUUUUUGUUUUGUUAACUGUAAACUUGUGAGGGACGUUAUAGAAAACAGAGGAUUUGUCGUCUGAGACAAACAAAGCGAAAGCUGUGGCGAUGAACGCAGAGAUUCGAAGAACUAAAGCUCGAUUGCUUGAAGGAAUUCCAAAACUUCAGAGGCUUUCUCUCAAAAAGGUCAAAGGACUUUCAAAGGAGGAGCUUGAUGCUAGGAAUGAUUUGGUUUUGUCAUUGAGAGAUAAGAUUGAGGCCAUACCAGAAAGCUCUGCUCCUGUUGUAGGUGGUUGGGAAGCUUCAACAUCGUACUCGAAUAUCAGAUUCGAUACUAAUGUCUCGGAUGACAGAAUUGGUAGUGAAUAUUUCCAGCCAACCGGAGAGUCUGAUCAGUUUAAGCAAGAGUAUGAGAUGAAAAGAAUAAAACAGGAUCAAGGAUUGGAUUACAUAGCUGAAGGACUGGAUACACUCAAGAAUAUGGCUCAGGACAUCAAUGAGGAACUUGAUAGGCAAGAACCACUCAUGGAUGAAAUAGAUACAAAGAUUGACAAGGCAGCUACUGACUUGAAAAGCACCAAUGUGAGGCUCAAGGAUACUGUAACAAAGUUGAGAUCCAGCCGCAACUUCUGCAUAGACAUCAUCCUCUUAUGCAUACUCCUGGGAAUCGCUGCCUUCAUAUACAACUCUGUGAAGUGAAAGCUGGUGAUGCCUGUCAUUUACAUUACACAUGUUUAUGGUAGAGACAAAAUAUGGAAGUUUCACUUUUCAUCUGUCUAUUAUACACCCAUGUAUUUUAAAAUAUGCUUAUUAGUUGGUCUAAAUAAAAUAGCAAGUAAACUCCA